AUGCAUAUGUGGUCAUGCAGAACAGUCAUUGUAAAGCCCAGCUUGGAAAUCAGAAAUCAAAGGAUAUUUGAGCCAAUUGACAACGUAAACAUUGGAUUGUUUUAUUCCAUUUCAUAUUUGGCAUUCAAAAUGGCAGAUUCAGAUGGGUUCAACUAUACAGAAGACAUAAACUCCAAUGUACAACAAAGUGAACUUUCUAAAUUUUCGCCAACUCUCCUCACAUUUGCGGCUGUUGUUACUGGAAUCAUAAUGGUGGUUGGUCUCCUCGGUAAUCUUCUCACCGUGGUUGCGCUUCUUAAGUGCCCUAAAGUGAGAAAUGUCGCUGCUGCAUUUAUUAUUAGUUUGUGCAUAGCAGAUUUCUUAUUUUGCGCCGUGGUACUCCCAUUCGCCAUAUCGGGCUUCUGGACGAGGACUUGGUCCCAUGGGGGUGCGCUCUGCAAGCUGGUACCGUUCCUGCGGUAUGGGAAUGUUGGCGUUUCCCUACUGAGUAUCGCACUCAUUACUUUAAACAGAUACAUUAUGAUAGCACACCACAGCUGGUACGCGAGAGUGUACCGCAAACACAAUAUAGCGCUCAUGAUCGUCUUCUCGUGGAUGUUCUCGUACGGGAUGCAGAUACCGACGCUUAUUGGAGUCUGGGGUAAAUUUGACUACGAUCCUGAACUAGGCACCUGUUCGAUAGUGCCGGACGAAUACGGCCAUUCAGCAAAAACAGCCCUCUUUGUCAUAGCUUUUAUUGUGCCAGCUUUGCUCAUCUUCAUAUGUUACGCUAGGAUAUUUUGGGUGGUUCACAGUUCGGAACAAAGGAUGCGGGAACACCAACGCUCCCAACACACGAAUCCUGGAACCUUAAACAACGGUAGCGACAAGCGCUCCACUAUAAAGGACACUAGAGAGACGAAAGCACGCCGUAACGAGUGGAGGAUAACGAAGAUGGUGCUCGCAAUAUUCCUGUCCUUCCUUGUCUGCUACCUUCCCAUAACUAUUGCGAAAGUUGCUGACAGUCACGUACAUUACCCUGUGUUCCACAUCGCCGGCUACCUCCUUUUGUACGCGAGCGCGUGCGUGAACCCGAUCAUCUACGUGAUAAUGAACGCGCAGUACCGCGCGGCGUACGCGGCCGCGCUGUGCUGCCCGGCGGCGCGCCUGUCCGGCCUCACCAGCGAGAAAUGGAACGAGCGUCACGGAUACAGCUUCAGCAACACACGAACGGUUCUAAGCCAAGUGUCGCUGGGGGAGUCCAGAGCCGACAAUCGGGCUUCCGGGAGG